AUGGGUGAUUAAGAACCUUUAAAAAGCAAAGAAGAUUAUUUUAUAAAUCGUCUGGCAUGCUCAUUCAAUAUAAGAAACUCAAUUUAAUAAGACAAAUUCAAGAAAUCAUUUGAAGCAGAGGAUAAUAAGUAAUUUUACCAGUGUUAAAAUUAAUUAGAAUAGUGUUUGACAGACUAAUGAAAGAUGAAAGUAAUAUGAUAGCUGUAUUUGCCAUUUAAUCUGGGGCAGAGUCUGUUACAUUAUUUUCAGAUGUUCCUCAUCCAGAUAAGUUUAGAAAGAAGGGGCUGAUUGCACUUAAAAUAUCUGAAAGCCCACUUUCAAUAUAAAAUAUCACUCAUAAUAUAGUGUUUUUGGAAUUAACAAGAAAUGUAACUAUUUUAUUUUAUUUUAGAUUUUAGAGCAUUUAUACUCAACCUUCUAUGAGAUAAUGAGUCCAAUAUUAUAGAAUCCAAGUAAUCAACAGGGUUGGACAGACUUGGUAGCAAAAGAUUUAAUGGAGAAAUUCAAUGCAUAUGUUGCUUAAGUUUAUGUUAUGAUUGGUUAAAUAGAAGGAAGAACUAAAUUGGUAAAUUAUUAUAAUAUAUUUAAGCCAAUUCCAUCACACAAAUUAACUUAAUCAGAUACAACACCAGCAAAAGAUAAAGCCCAUGUUUAUGAAAGUUCAAUUAUAACAUGGACAAAAUAAAUAAAAAACGUAUUGAAAUUAGAACCAGAAUAAGCUUUGAAGAAUGGACACAAUCCAGGACCUUUGGUUGAAUUAAAAUUUUGGGAAAAUAAAGCUGCCAAUCUUAAUAGCAUAAAAGACUAAUUGGAAGGAACUGAAGUGAUUAAAAUUUUAAGAUUUUUGGAAGUCAACAAAUCAACUUAUACAAAUCCAUUUUCAAAAUUAUAAAGGGAGGUAACAAAGGCAAGAGAAGAAGCAAAUGAUAAUAAUAAAUUUUUAGAUUUAUUGAAAGAUCCUUUCUAAAGACUAUAAGAUACUGGUGGAGACUUUUAGUCUUUACAUGAAUUAUUCAUUCCAAUAAUGCAUAGAAUUCUAUUGAUUUGGAAAAAUUCUAAAUUUUAUAAUACUCCACCAAGAUUAGUAGUUUUGAUAAGAGAGAUAUGCAAUGCAAUCAUAACCAAAGCUCAAGAUUUUGUUAAUGGACCAAUGAUAUUCUAAAUGAUUAGUUCAGAAGAAACAUUUGAGGCUUGUGAAAAGUUGUAAAUUACUAUUGAUGUUUGUACAAAGUUUAAGGAUGCUUACUUUGAAUAUAAAGCCAAAGCUGAAGGUCAUUGGAAAUUGACUACUAAUGCAUUAUUUGUUAGAUUAGAUUCCUUUUUAGAAAGAUGUCAUGAUAUUUUACAUUUAACUAAUACUAUAGUUUAGUUUAAUAAAUUAGCCAAGAUUGAUCUUGGUGGUACAAAAGGAAAAACAUUGACUGAAUCAGUUUAAUAAAUUUUUGUUGAAUUUUAAAAAGCUGUUGAACAAUUCUAAUAAGUAAAAUAUGAUAUUAUGGAUAUUACACAAAAAGAAUUUGAUGAUAGUUUUUAUGAAUUCAGAUCAAAGAUUAAGGAAUUAGAAAGAAGAUUAGCUUCAGUAAUUACAUAAGGAUUUGAUGAUUAUGAUACAUUACAUGGAAGAUUCAAAUUAUUAGAUAGUUUUGAAGGUUUGUUAUCCAGACCAAUUAUCUAGGAUGAAUUAGAGAAAAAACAUAUAGUAUUAUUAGAUAUGUACAAAUAAGAUUUGAAAUAAGUUUAAUAAAUCUUUUUGGAAGGUUAUGAAUUGGUUGAUAAAUUAAAUGAAAGAGCACCAAUUUAUAAUAAUAUGCCUCCUAUUGCAGGAGCAUUGAUGUGGUGCAAAGGAUUAAGAGAUAGAAUCACAGAACCUUUAGAUAAAUUGGCAUAAUUAGGUUAAGGUAUAACAGAAAGAGAAGAAUAUAAGGAUGUAUUGAAAUUAUAUUAAUCAAUAACAAAAUAAAUAAAAGAUUACGAAUAAACAAAGAUUUUAAGUUGGGAAUAAGAAGUAGGUAAAGUAUCAGAAGAAAAACAAAAGCAACCUUUAUUAUCAAAAGAUGAGAAUGGAUUAUUAAGAGUUAAUUUUGAUCCUGCUUUGGUUAGAUUAUUAAGAGAAGUGAAAUAUUUUACAUUGCUUGAAUAACCAGUUCCUGAAUCUGCCUCAGAAUUAUUUUCUAAAAAUGAUACUUUUAGAGAAUAUAUAGUUUAAUUGGAAAUGAUUGUUGAGAAUCAUAAUUUUAUUGUAACUUAAUUACAUCCAAUGGAAGAACCUUUGAUAAAGAAUAGAAUUGAAAAGAUGGAUGAAGUACUUAAACCAGGUAUUGAACAUUACAAAUGGAAGAGUAAUGAUAUUAAUAAAUUCAUUGAAACAGCCAAAGCUACUGUUGAUGAAUUACACUAAAUAGUGUAAAAGAUGAAGGAAACUCUAAAAAAGAUAGAGUAAGCAUUAGAGAAAUUCAAUACUAAGAUUAUUGAGAGAAAAAAUAAACCAAUGUCUCCAGAUGAUUAUGAUCAAUUCUUAAAGGCAGUUGUUUAGAAUAAGUUAUCUAUAGUUAAAGAUAAUGGAACAUCAAUUAAUAAACUUGUUAAAGAAGUUCUUGAUUAAGUUAAAGUUGACAAAAAACAAUAGGCUUGGAUAAAUUAUCAAUAUUAUUUGAAUUCAAUUGUUAUUAAUGGUUUAGCAAGAGCCAUUAUAACUGCUUUGACACAUAUGAAUGAAUAAAUCAAUCCAUAAUAUAUUAAGAAACAUGAAAUUGCACCUUUAUUUGAUAUCAAAUUAGAAUUAUUUAGAAAUGUAGGAAUUCAAUAUGAACCUGAAAUUGAAGAAGCAACAUAAGGAUAAAGUGUUCGUAAUACAAUUAGAGGAUGGGCUAAUGAUAUGUUUUAUAUUGCAAGUCAAUUUUAAAGAUUAGAUUCUGCAAAUCCUUUUGGUGAUUAUUUGCCAGAAAUUAAAGAAUAUUUUGAAAUCAAAGAAAUAGUUCAGGCAAUCAAUCUCAAUUUAGAUUAAAUUGAAGAAGAAACUAAAUCCUUUAAAUAAUCUUAUAUGACUUAUAGUUAUCUAUGGUUAGAAGAUCCUAAAUCAGCUUUCGAAGAUUUCAUGAUAAAGAAUGAACCCAAAGAUGCACCUGAAGAUGAAGAUUAAUCAUAAAAUCCUUUAUUGUAAGGUUGUAGAAUAAAGAUUCCAAAAUUAGAUUUUUUUGAUGAUAAAAUUACAACAUUGAAAAAUAUUCAAUAAGAAAUCAAUAGAAUAAUGACACCUUAUGAAAUAUCAUGGUUGAGAAUCAAUUUAUAACCAUUGAAAAGUGCACUCGAAAAUAAGGUGAGUCAAUAAAUAAAAGUUUACACUGAAUUUUUAGUUGUUUAAUUCAAGACUACAUUGAAAAACCUUAAAGGAUUUAUCCAAAGAACAAAUGAAGGAAUCAAAGAGAAUCCUGCAAGUGAAGAGAAUACUGGAAAUAGAGAUUUAUUAAUGAAAGUUAUGAGAGUUAUAUCAGAUGUUAAAGAUGUCGAACAUAAAUGUGAAGGAAUUGUUGUAAGAAUGAAAGAAAUGGUUAAUAAAUUAAAGAAACAUGGAGUUUAAAUAAUGGAGAAAGGAGAAGAAGAUCCAGUUUAAAGUAUUGAUAAUGCAUUUACUUAAUUUAAUGAGACAACUUAGAAAGUAUUUAAGAUUAAAGCUGAAAUCUUACCAUUAUAAACUUAAGAAACCAUCAAUAUUAAGAAGAAAUUAGAUGAAUUCUAAAAGAAGGUAUCAGACUUUAGAAAUGAUACUUUAAAUAAUUUACCUUAUAGUUAUCAUGAUGAUAUGAAGAUGGAUUCAAUAUUAUAUUCAUAUGUCACAAUUGAUGAUUACUAUAAAAAGUUGUUGUAGAUAGAAAAGGAGGCUGCAGAUUAUAAUUAAUUGGAGAAAUUGUUUGAAUUAGAGAAAAGUGGUUAUAAAUAAUUAAGAGAAACAAAUGUUGAUUUGAAAUCAUUGAAAAUAAUGUGGGAUGCUAUUUCAAUGGUAAAUUACUAAUAUAAUGAUUGGAAAUCUAAACCAUUCAGAUAAAUUAAGGCUGAUGUCUUGUUAGAAUCUAAUAAAGUAUUGGGAAAUUAAUUGAAGAAUUUACCAAAAGAAGUUAAGAAUUUCAAAGGAUAUAAUUCUAUUGUUGAUAAGGUUAAGAAUAUGUCAGUUGUAUUACCAUUGGUUUCAGCUUUACAUAGUGAAUUUAUGGAAGAUAGACAUUGGAGUUAAGUUAAAGAUAUGACUAAGAGUAAAUUUGAACAUAAAGCUAUGACAUUCUUAUUUGAUGAUAUUCUUGCUUUAUAAUUAUAUAAAUUUGAUGCAUAAAUAAAUGAAGUAGUGGAAGUAGCAUCAAAGGAAGCUAAAAUUGAAAAGAAAUUGAAAUUGAUUGAAACAGCUUGGUUGAAAUAAAUCUUUGAAUUUGAAGAUUAUAAAGAAACUAAAAUCUUUUUACCAUUAGAUAAUAUGAUGGAAAUGUUAGAUUAACAUUCUCUUGAUUUGAUGGGUAUGAAAGGAUAAGGUAAAUAUGUUGAAUUCUUUUACAAUACAGUAGAAGAUUGGAGAGAAAAAUUAGGAAGAGUUGAUUCUGUUGUUGGUGAAUGGUUGAAAGUUUAAAAGAAUUGGAAGACUUUAGUAAAUAUCUUUAUUGGAUCUGAAGAUAUUAGAAUGUAAUUACCAGAAGAUACUAAAGUCUUUGAAGCUGUUGAUAAAGAAUUUAGAGAACUUAUGACUGAAGUUGCAGCUAAUCCAUUGGUUAUUGAAGCAUGUAUUAAUGAAAGAAAGGAUUAAUUAGUUGCUAUGAGUUUAAAUAUUAAGAAAUGUGAAAAGGCUUUAAAUGAUUAUUUAGAAUAGAAAAAGAAAGCAUUCCCUAGAUUCUAUUUCUUGUCAAAUCAAUCGUUGUUAACUAUUUUAUCAAAUGGUUAAAAUCCACCUAAAGUUUGUGAAUUUUUAGGUGAUUGUUUCGAUGGAAUGAAAACACUUACUUUUGAACCAACAAAAAAUCCAAAUGAUAUUCCAAGAAGCACACAUAGUAUGAUUUCUAAGGAUGAUGAGAGGGUUCCAUUUUCAUCUAAUUUUGAAUGUGUAGGAGCAGUUGAACAUUGGUUAUCAGCAUUAGAAUAUAAGAUGAGAGAGACAUUAGAAGAAAUAUUAGAAAAGGCUAAAGAAACAUCAGAAAAUUGGGAAAGUGGUGACAAUCCUAGAGAGGAUUGGGUUAAAAAUUAUUGUGCUUAAAUUGCAUUGUUAACAACAUAAAUUGUAUGGACUGAAGAUGUUACUAGAGCAUUUGAAGAUUUAGGUGGUGGUGCUGAAACAGCAAUGAAAGAAUGUUUGAAAUUGAUUGAAGUUCGUAUUGAUAAUUUGAUUAAAAAAGUCAGAGGUAAUUUGGAAAUUUUAGAACGUAUGAAAAUCAUUAACAUUAUUACAAUCGAUGUACAUUCAAGAGAUGUUGUUGAAAAAUUCUGUCUUUAGAAAACUCAAGAAUUAGAAUCUUUUGCUUGGUUGUCACAAUUGAAAUUUUAUUGGGAUAAUAAGGAUAAUGAUAUGCAUUUAAGAUAAGCAUUGAGAUUCAAAUGGGAGAAAGAAAGAGAUAAAUCAAAGUGUAUUAUUAGAAUUGUUGAUUGGUUCAGAUUCUAUUCAUAUGAAUAUGUCGGUAAUGCAUUAAGAUUGGUCAUUACUCCAUUAACAGAUAGAUGUUAUAUUACAUUAACAUAAGCAUUGAAUCUUACAAUGGGUGGUGCACCUGCAGGUCCAGCUGGUACUGGAAAGACUGAAACUACAAAAGAUUUAGGUAGAGCAGUAGGAUUACCAGUCAUGGUGUUUAAUUGUUCAGAUCAAAUGGGUAAAGAUUCAAUGGCUCAAAUCUUUAUGGGUUUGUCUUAAUCAGGAGCAUGGGGAUGUUUUGAUGAAUUUAAUAGAAUAGCAAUAGAAGUGUUAUCUGUCAUUAGUACAUAAGUUAAAACUAUUUUGGAUGCAUUAAAGGAAAAGAAACCUAAAUUAAUAUUUAUGGAAGAAGGAGAAAUAUCAAUAUAAGAUACUGUAGGAUUCUUUAUUACUAUGAAUCCAGGAUAUGCAGGUAGAACUGAAUUACCUGAAAAUUUAAAAGCAUUGUUUAGAUCAUGUGCUAUGGUUGUACCAGAUUUAGUAUUGAUUUGUGAAAAUAUGCUUAUGUCUGAAGGUUUCUAAUAAGCAAGAGCAUUAAGUAGAAAAUUCGUAUCUUUGUAUAUGUUAUCAAGAGAAUUAUUAUCAAAAGCUAGACAUUAUGAUUGGGGUUUGAGAGCAGUAAAAUCAGUGUUAAGAUAAGCUGGUAAAUUGAAGAGAGCAGAUCCAUAAAUAGCAGAGGAUCCAUUAUUGAUGAGAGCUCUAAGAGAUUUCAAUAUGCCAAAGAUUGUUACAGAUGAUAAACCAAUCUUUUUAGGUUUGAUAGGAGAUUUAUUCCCAAGAAUUGAAUGUGAAAGUAAAACAAAUCCUGAUUUAAAGAAAAUUGUAGUUGAUACAACUAAAUAAGAUAUGGGAUUAGUUGCUGAAGAAAUGUUUGUAUUAAAGAUAGUGUAAUUGGCUGAAAUAUUGGAAGUGAGACAUUGUGUAUUUGUUAUAGGUCCACCAGGUUGUGGUAAAACAAGUGUGUGGAAAACUUUGGCAAAGACUCAUUAAAAUAGAGGAGAAGAUUAUGAAUUAGAUACUCUAAAUCCUAAGGCAGUGACAUCAGAUGAAUUAUUUGGAUGUUAUACUAAAACAAAGGAAUGGAAGAAUGGUGUUUUAAGUAUGAUUAUGAAGAAUUAAAAUAAAUGUGAGGAAAAGUAUAAACCUAGUCAUUUACAUAAAUGGUCAAUCUUAGAUGGUGAUAUUGAUCCUGAAUGGAUUGAAUCUUUAAAUACAGUUAUGGAUGAUAAUAAAGUACUUACACUUGUGUCAAAUGAUCGUAUUCCUUUGACUCCAUCAAUGAGAUUGUUAUUUGAAAUUUCAAAUCUUAAGAAUGCUACUCCUGCUACAGUAUCUAGAGGUGGUGUCUUGUUUAUUAAUGAAACAGAUAUUGGUUGGAUGCCUUAUAUGAAUAGUUGGUUAGAAAGAUCAUUUGAAAAAUGUGUAGUGAAAAGAGAAGGAUUGAUGGGAUAAGUACCAUAAUCACCUCCAAUUGAUGAUAUUGCUAAAUCUGUAUUCUAUAGAUGUUUCUAAUAAUACUUUGAAACCAAUCCAGAUAUCAGAGAUAAAAGUAAAGUCAGAUUAAUAGUUCCAUAAGUUGAUAUUGCUUAAGUUAUGACUAUCUGUAUGAUUUUGGAUGCAUUACUUUUGGAAACAGAUUAUACAAAGAUUGCACAAAUGAAAGAAGAUGAUCAAAAAAUGAUUUAUGAAGCUUAUUUCAUUUAUGCAGGAAUGUGGGCUAUUGGUGGUUGUUUUGGAGGAGGAUAAGAUGAUGAAAAAGAUAUGAAAGAUUUCAAUUCUGUAUGGAAAGCUGCUGCUAAAGUAAGAAUGCCAGAAUAAGGUAUGUGUUUCGAUUAUUACUUUGAUUUUGCUGAAUAAAAAUGGACUCAUUGGCAAGGUAAAGUAGUACCUUAUAUUGCUACUGAUGAAGCUAUCUUCUCUAAAAUCUAUGUUGCUACUCUACAUACAACUAGAUUAAGAACUUUAUUAGAUUAUCAUCUCAGAAGAAAGAAGUGUGUUUUAUUUGUAGGAUCUGCAGGUACUGGUAAAUCUGCUGUUAUCAAAGAUUAUUUGAGUUAAACUAAAACAGAUCAAGUAUCAUAUAAAACUAUCAACUUUUCAUCAUUUACUGAUUCAUUAGCAUUAUAGAAGAAUAUAGAAUCUAUGGUUGAAAAGAAAUCUGGUAGAACUUUUGGUAGUGCUACAGGAAAAGCAUUAAUUUGUUUUAUUGAUGAUAUGAAUAUGCCAUAUGUAGAUAAAUAUGGUACAUAAUAACCUAUCUAAUUAUUAAGAUAAGUAGUAGAUUAUGGAAGUGUUUUCAAUAGAGAAUAAUUAGAAGAAAGAAAAUUCCUUUAAGAUUUACUCUUUUUUAGUGCUUUAAAUCAAAAAUCAGGAUCUUUCAUUAUAGAUUUAAGAUUACAAAGAAACUUUUCUGUAUUCACUAUGUAUACACCUAAUGCUGAAAUCAUUAAAACUAUUUUUGGUGCUAUUUUAAAUAGUCAUUUAGCUACAUUUGAUGAUAAAAUACAUAAGUUAUCUGAUAAACUAAUUGAAGCAACAAUUCACUUAUUUAAUAAAGUUCUUAAAGAUACAAGAUACUCUCCCUCAGCUAGAAAAUUUCAUUAUUAAUUUAAUUUCAGAGAACUUGCAAAAGUAGUUGAAGGUAUGAUGAGAUCAACCCCUAAUUAAUAUAGAGGAUAACCAAAUAGAAUGUUAAGAUUAUGGGCACAUGAAUCUAAAAGAGUAUUUGAAGAUAGAUUCAUUAAUGAAGAAGAUAUAAAAGUCUUUAGAGAUUAUGUUAAAGAUGCAAUGGUCAAAAAUAUUGGAGAACCUGAUGAUAAAGAUAAUCCUUUAGAAGAACCAAAUGUGUUUACAAGUUUUGUAGCAGCCCAUAUUGGUCAAGAAUAACAAUAUACAAAUUGUGAUCCUUAGACUUUAAAGAAAGUUUUGGAAGAUAAAUUAAGAGAAUAUAAUGAAGUGAAAGCUAUGAUGAAUUUAGUGUUAUUCUAGUAGGCUAUGGAACAUGUUUGUAGAAUAGCACGUAUUUUAGAAUUACCAGGAGGUAAUGCAUUAUUAGUUGGUGUUGGUGGUUCAGGUAAAUAAUCACUUACAAGAUUGGCAACAUUUAUUUUAGGAUAUGAAGCUGAUUAAAUGGUAGUUACAUCAAAUUUCACUAUAAAUGAUUUAAGAAAUUACUUAUAAGAAAUCUAUAAGAAAGUAGCUAAACCAAGUGCAGGAAGUAGAUGUUACAUUUUGACAGAUUCUUAAAUCAAAGAGGAAAUCUUUUUGAUUCCUAUUAAUGAUAUGUUAAAUUCUGGUUGGAUAUUUGAUCUCUUUCCUAAAGAAGAUUAUGACAAUAUGAUAUAAGGAUUAAGAAAUGAAGCUAAAGGAGCAGGUGUAUUAGAUAAUUUAGAAUCAAUCACAUAAUACUUUUUAGAUAAAAUGAGAAGAAAUCUUCAUGUUGUAUUAUGUUUCUCUCCAGUUGGUGAUACUAUGCGUAUAAGAUCUCGUAAAUUCCCAGGUAUUAUCAAUUCAACAAGUGUUGAUUGGUUCCAUCCAUGGCCAAAAGAUGCACUUAUUGAUGUGUCAUAUAGAUUCAUUUAAGAUAUUGAAUUGGAUACUGAUGAUCUUAGAAAAAUCAUUUCACUUCAUAUGGCUGAAGUCCAUCUUUCAAUUGAUUAUGCUAAUCAAAAAUAUUUGUAAUUAGAAAGAAGAUAUAAUUAUACUACACCAAAAUCAUUUUUAGAAUUGAUUGAAUAUUAUAAGAAAUUAUUGGGUGAAAAGAGAGAAUAGAUUCUAAAAUAAAUCAAAAGAUAUGAAUAAGGUUUAUAGAUUUUAGCUGAUACACAAAGCAAAGUAUAAUUGUUAUAAGGUGAAUUGAAAAUAAAAAUGGUGGAAGUAGAUAAAAAAAAGAAUGAAACAGAUAUCCUUAUUGAAAAAGUAGGUAAAGAAUCUGCUGUUGCUGAAGUUGAAUAAAAGAUUGCAAAUGAAGAAGAAGAUAAAACUAAUACUGCAUCAAAAGCAGCAGAAGAAUUAGCAGAAACUGCAAGAAUUGAAUUAGAAAAAGCAAUACCUGCUUUAGAGAAAGCCAAAGCUGCUGUUGAUUGUAUUAAGAAACCAUAAAUUACAGAAAUGAAAUCUUUAGGUUCACCUCCUACUGGUGUGUUAACAACCGCUAGAGCUGUUUUAAUAUUAUUAGGAGAAAAGAUUACAUUAUAAGAUCCAGAAGAUAAAUUAUGGAAAAAAUCAUAAUAAGUCAUGAACAAUCCAUAAUAAUUUUUAGAUAGAAUUAUUGGUUUUAAUGGUAAAUAAAUUGAUCCAUAAAUAUUGGCAUCUGUUAAUAAAAUAAUAGAAGAUCCUGCUUUGAAAUUUAAUGAAGAAUCUAUGAAAGGAUAAAAUUAUGCUGCAUCCAAAUUAUGUGCUUGGGCUGUUAACAUUGUUACUUUUAACACAAUUUUCAAGUUGGUUGAUCCACUUGAAAAAUCAAGAGAUGCUGCAAUGGCUGAUUUAGAAUAAAAGAAGAAAGAAUUAGCUGUUGUUAAAGAGAAGGUUAGAGCAUUGAAUGAAAAAGUUAAUAAAUUAAAACGUGAUUUAGAAGAAGCUGAAAGAGUUAAAUAAUUAGUAGAAGCUGAUGCUAAUGCUUGUUAAGAGAAAUUAUCAGCUGCUGAAAAAUUAGUGAAUGGUUUAGCAGGUGAAAAUAAACGUUGGGGAGAAAAUGUAAAAGAAUUGUCUAGCAAUAUUAAAUCUGUUGUAGGAAAUGCAUUAUUGGCUGCUGCUUUUGUAUCAUAUAUUGGUGCAUUUUCAGCUAAAUUGAGAUUAGAAUUAUGGUCAAAGAUUUGGUUGACUGAUUUAUAAACUAAAUAGAUUCCAUUGACUUAAGGUAUUGAUCCACUUAAAAUCUUAACUACUGAAGCUAAAAUUGCUAGUUGGAAGAAUGAGGGAUUGUAAUCAGAUUAAAUGUCAUUGGAAAAUGCCUCAAUUAUUAGUGCUUGUUCAAGAUGGCCACUCAUUAUUGAUCCAUAAUUAUAAGGUUCAGUUUGGAUUAGAGGAUCAUAAGGUGAUAAUUUGGUUACUAUAAAUGUCAGUUAAAAUAAGUGGUUGUAAUAAUUAAAUGCUUCUAUUCCUAUGGGUAAAGCAGUAUUGUUGGAAGGUAUUUAAUAAGAAAUAGAUGCCACACUUGAUCCUCUAUUGAGUAGAGCUAUUGUUAAAAAAGGAAAGAGUGCUUAUUUAGAAUUAGCAGGUGAAUAAAUUGAUUAUGAUCCAAAAUUCAAACUAUUUUUAAUGACUAAAUUGUACAAUCCACAUUUCAGACCAGAAAUAGCUGCAUAAUGUACUAUUAUUAACUUCAUUGUUACUGAAUCAGGUUUAGAAGAAUAAUUACUUGCUGCUGUUGUGAAUAUUGAAAGAAAUGAAUUAGAAAUGAAGAGAUCAGAAUUGGUCAAAUAAUAAAAUGAGUUUUCAGUAUAAUUAGAUAAAUUAGAGGAAAAUCUUUUGAUUUAAUUAUCAGAAGCUGAUCCUUCAACUAUUUUAGAAAAUAAGAGUUUAAUUGCAAAUCUAGAUAAUACUAAAUAAACAUCUAAUACUAUUACUGAAUAAAGUAAGAUAGCAAAAGUAACUGAAGUUGAAAUUAAUCAAUAAAGAGAAAUUUAUAGAAUUGUAGCUGCUGAAGGGGCUAUGCUUUAUUUCUUAGUAAUUCAAUUAAGUGUUAUGGAACAUAUGUAUCAAUAUUCAUUAGAAUCAUUUAAUAAAUUCUUCUUUAAAGCUAUUGAAAGAACAACUAUAAGAGAUGAAACAAGAACUGAAGAAUUAAGAAAGAAUAUUAGAUAUACAAUUUAUUAAUGGAUAAGUAGAGGAUUAUUUGAAAAACACAAAUUAAUCUUUUUAACUUUGAUUGCAUUUAGAUUAAUGUAAAAGAAAGUAAUUGAAGUUGUUUAUGAACCAGCUGAAAUGGAUUUCCUUAUUAAAUGUGUACCUAGAGCAGGUGUUGAAAAUAAUUUAGAUUGGUUAUCAUAAAAUGCUUGGGAUUCAGUACAAGGAUUAAUUUAAUUAGAAGAAUUCAAAUUAUUUGCUUAAAAUAUGGAAAAAGAUGCUCCAAUAAGAUUUAAAGAUUGGUAUAAUGAAUUAUAACCAGAAGAUGUUAAAUUACCAUUUGAUUGGAAGAGAUUAGAUUAAAUGCCAUUCAAAAAAUUAUUAGUCUUAAGAUGUUUAAGACCAGAUCGUAUUACAUCUGCUUUAACUAAUUUCAUUAGAUAAGCAUUACCUUAAGGUGAAUCCUUUGUUGAAAUGGAUUCAAAACUAAACUUUUCAGAUGUUCUUUCUGGAUCAGUUGAUGAUUCAGAUGCAACUAUUCCAAUUUUCUUCAUUUUAUCUCCAGGAGCAGAUCCUGUAAAGGAAGUAGAAAAAUUAGCAAGAUUAAAUAAGAUUGAACCAGGAAAAUCAUUCUGGAAUAUUUCAUUAGGAUAAGGUUAAGAUGAAAUUGCUAGACGUAGAAUUGAAGAAGGUAAUAAGGAAGGACAUUGGGUUAUGUUAUAAAAUAUUCAUUUAAUGCCUAAAUGGUUAUUAGAAUUAGAAAAGAUUUUGGAUUCAUUUACUGGAGAAUAAGGUGGUGGUAAUCCUAGAUUUAGAUUGUUUUUAUCAGCUGAACCUUCAAGUGGAAUUCCUAUUGGAUUAUUGGAUAGAUCAAUUAAAUUAACUAAUGAACCACCUGCUGGUUUAAGAGCUAAUAUGAAGAGAGCAUGGGCUUAUUUCAGUAAAGAUGAAAUAGAAGACAAAGAUCCUAAAAUUAAAUCAAUUCUCUUUGGUUUAUGUUUCUUCCAUUCUACUGUUAUUGAAAGAAGACGUUUUGGGCCUAAAGGAUGGAAUAUGUCUUAUCCAUUCAAUAUGGGAGAUUUGAGAGAUUCCUAUUUAGUCAUGAAUAGAUAUAUGGAAUAAGGAGCUGGUGGUAAAGUGCCAUUUGAUGAUUUAAGAUAUAUCUUUGGUGAAAUCAUGUAUGGUGGUCACAUUGUAGAUGAUUGGGAUAGAAGAUUAUGCAUGGGUUAUUUGGAUAAUAUCAUGCAUGAAGGAAUAUUUGAUGAAUUGGAAUUAUUCCCAUUCAUUGAAGGCAAGAAUUUAUCAUUCAAAGUUCCUCCACCAAAUAAUUAUGAAAAAUACAUAGAACAUAUUGAAUAAGUACUCACUUAAGAAACUCCUCUUGCUUAUGGAUUACAUUCAAAUGCUGAAAUAGGUUUCAGAACAUAAUAAUGUUUAACUCUCUUCUCUACACUUUUAGAAUUACAACCAAAAGAUAGUGCUAGUGAUGAGAAUGCAAGUGGUAUGAGAACUAAGAACGAAAUUGUUNUUGCUUAAAAUAUGGAAAAAGAUGCUCCAAUAAGAUUUAAAGAUUGGUAUAAUGAAUUAUAACCAGAAGAUGUUAAAUUACCAUUUGAUUGGAAGAGAUUAGAUUAAAUGCCAUUCAAAAAAUUAUUAGUCUUAAGAUGUUUAAGACCAGAUCGUAUUACAUCUGCUUUAACUAAUUUCAUUAGAUAAGCAUUACCUUAAGGUGAAUCCUUUGUUGAAAUGGAUUCAAAACUAAACUUUUCAGAUGUUCUUUCUGGAUCAGUUGAUGAUUCAGAUGCAACUAUUCCAAUUUUCUUCAUUUUAUCUCCAGGAGCAGAUCCUGUAAAAGAAGUAGAAAAAUUAGCAAGAUUAAAUAAGAUUGAACCAGGAAAAUCAUUCUGGAAUAUUUCAUUAGGAUAAGGUUAAGAUGAAAUUGCUAGACGUAGAAUUGAAGAAGGUAAUAAGGAAGGACAUUGGGUUAUGUUAUAAAAUAUUCAUUUAAUGCCUAAAUGGUUAUUAGAAUUAGAAAAGAUUUUGGAUUCAUUUACUGGAGAAUAAGGUGGUGGUAAUCCUAGAUUUAGAUUGUUUUUAUCAGCUGAACCUUCAAGUGGAAUUCCUAUUGGAUUAUUGGAUAGAUCAAUUAAAUUAACUAAUGAACCACCUGCUGGUUUAAGAGCUAAUAUGAAGAGAGCAUGGGCUUAUUUCAGUAAAGAUGAAAUAGAAGACAAAGAUCCUAAAAUUAAAUCAAUUCUCUUUGGUUUAUGUUUCUUCCAUUCUACUGUUAUUGAAAGAAGACGUUUUGGGCCUAAAGGAUGGAAUAUGUCUUAUCCAUUCAAUAUGGGAGAUUUGAGAGAUUCCUAUUUAGUCAUGAAUAGAUAUAUGGAAUAAGGAGCUGGUGGUAAAGUGCCAUUUGAUGAUUUAAGAUAUAUCUUUGGUGAAAUCAUGUAUGGUGGUCACAUUGUAGAUGAUUGGGAUAGAAGAUUAUGCAUGGGUUAUUUGGAUAAUAUCAUGCAUGAAGGAAUAUUUGAUGAAUUGGAAUUAUUCCCAUUCAUUGAAGGCAAGAAUUUAUCAUUCAAAGUUCCUCCACCAAAUAAUUAUGAAAAAUACAUAGAACAUAUUGAAUAAGUACUCACUUAAGAAACUCCUCUUGCUUAUGGAUUACAUUCAAAUGCUGAAAUAGGUUUCAGAACAUAAUAAUGUUUAACUCUCUUCUCUACACUUUUAGAAUUACAACCAAAAGAUAGUGCUAGUGAUGAGAAUGCAAGUGGUAUGAGAACUAAGAACGAAAUUGUUUAAGAACUUAUUAAAUAAUUGGCUGAAGAUAUUAACUUAAAAUCUAUGAUAUUUAAUAUUGAUGAAAUUAAGAAUAAGAUUGAUGCUGAAAAUAAAGGACCUUAUUAAAAUGUGUUUUUGUAGGAACUUGAAUAUAUGAAUUACUUAUUAAUUGAAAUUGUAAGAUCUAUGGAUGAAAUUGAUCAAGGUUUUAGAGGUAUUCUUACAAUUUCAGAAUAAAUGGAAUAAAUUAUUGAUGCCAUUGCUUUGAAUAGAGUACCAACUGUUUGGGUUGCAUUGGCUUAUCCUUCAAAGAGAGGUUUGGCUUCUUGGUUAACCAAUCUUCUCAAAAGAAUUGAAUAACUUAAUCUAUUUAGAGAUGAUCCUUAUGCUAUCCCUAAAGUCACAAUGAUUGGUAGAUUCUUCAAUCCUUAAUCUUUCUUGACAGCUAUCAAAUAAGUUAUUGGUAGACAAAGAGCUCAAGAAUUAAAUAGAUUAUACAUAGCCACUGAAGUAACCAAAAAGAGUAUUGAAGAAAUUGAUUAAAUUGCAAAAGAUGGCGCCUAUGUAUUUGGAUUCGUGUUAGAAGGAGGUAUAUAUUUCAUUUUAAUUCUCUCUAGCUCGUUGGGAUGUAGUCACAGGAUAACUUGAAGAAUCAAAACCUAAAGAAAUGUUUAGUGUCCUACCUGUUGUCUACUGUAAAGCACUCAUGGUGCCUGCAGAAGGCAAAGAAGAUAAAGCUAUUUAUUAAUGUCCAUGUUAUAGAACUGAAGAUAGAGGUAAUACCUACAUCUUUACUGGAUAACUUAAAACCAGACUCAAUCCAAGAAAAUGGAUUUUAGCUGGAGUAGCUCUUCUUCUUGAUGUUGAAGGUACUUCUGAUGAAGCUGCUUCUGCUAAAAAAGAAAAGAAGACUUGAAAC